CUAUUAUUUUUUUCACAAUUACAUAAACAUAAAUAUGUUGUCGUGAAAAAAAUUUCCCCGCAAGAUUGCACUAGUGAGCAAAAUCAGCUGCGCGCGGUGUUUGCGGCAUUUUUCUGCGUUAUGACAUCAUGACACUGUGGACAUUCCUGGUGAUAUUUACCGUCGUAAUUUGUCUGGAAAAAGGUGAUUCGCAGAACGUGCGUAUCCAACCAGGCAGCGCCGUUUUCCAAGAUACCUCCCGUGGCGGGGGCCUUAGCGACCCCGGCCAAAGCGCCAACCUCCUCACCCGGCCCAGCGCCCCCUCAACCCCCCUCCGGCCCCGGCCCCGCCCAGCCCCCCGGUGGUGGCGCCCAAAGUGCGGCCGUCCAACGACGCGCCACUGUUCAACCGGCCGCCGGGCGUCGGCGAUGGACCGCCCGUCAACCGGCCGUCGGGAUUUGCCCCCUCCGGAUCCGGCGACGACAUGUCGUCCGUCCAUCGACCGUCGGGAUUCCGUCCCGGCGACCAUCUGACGCCGCGGCCGCUGAAAUCCGAGACGCCGCUGAAGGACCUGGCCGACGCGGAUCUCCCGUCGCCGCCCAAAACCGCGCCGGUGUUGUUGCGCAACAGUGCGGCGCUGCUGCGCGAUCCCUGUCUGCCGGCCAAUAUCCCCAUCACCUACGGGGUGCGGCGCUGCGCCAACGAUGGGGACUGUCCGCCGGGGUUUUUCUGUCGGGUUAGCGAGUAUAAGUGCGGGAGUCACUGGUGCGGAUCGUUUUUCAGCGAUGCCGGCGGAUUCUGAUCGAUUAUAAGGGAGCUUCGGGGCGGGGGUUGUUAUUUUGUUGUAUGCUGAUCGAGAUUAACGGUUUACGGGGUGUUAUGUGGUUAAUUCCAGUUGUCUUGUAUCAAGAUGGGAGGGCAGUUAGUUACUUCUGGUAAGACUGGAGGCGAGCGUUUUAUGCUGCCGGUAAAAUAACUACGUGUAUGAAUGUAUUAUAGUGUGCUUUAAAAGCUUAUAAGCGGACAAUCCAGGCAUCGUGCCUGGUUAAA